CUUAACAAAGUUUGCCUUGGUUUGUGUACGAAUCCAAUCACCUCUCGUGGCCUUCAGCUCGAGCAGUUUUAUUCUUGCACGCCAAAAUCUCGAAUAUAAGCUGAUCAUCCUUAUCUGGGGCUUGUAUUGUUUGUACUCGCCUCGCUUCUUCAUCUUCUUCUCCUUCUUCUUCUUCUUCUUCUUCCUUCGUUUGGAAAGCGAUAGCGAGUGACGAUGCAAAGGCUAUUUGCAGCGAGGUCUCUCUGUUCUUCGAUUUUAAGGAAGCAGACACAGCGUGCUUCUUUCUCUACAUCUCUCCUCUUCGACGAUACUCAGCUUCAGUUGCAAUGAUUACAGUUUAAGGAAAGUGUUUCACAGUUCGCACAAGAAAAUAUUGCUCCUCACUCAUCGAAAAUAGACCAAACCAAUAAUUUCCCCAAGGAUGUUAACUUGUGGAAACUCAUGGGAGAUUUUAAUCUACUUGGAAUUACUGCACCAGAGGCAUAUGGAGGACUUGGUCUUGGUUACUUGUAUCACUGCAUAGUUUUGGAAGAAAUUAGCCGUGCUUCAGGAUCUGUUGGCCUUUCCUAUGGUGCCCAUUCUAACCUCUGUAUUAAUCAGUUGGUGAGGAAUGGAAGUCCUGCUCAGAAACAGAAGUACUUGCCAAAGCUUAUUAGUGGAGAGCAUGUGGGAGCUCUUGCAAUGAGUGAGCCCAAUGCUGGCUCUGAUGUUGUUAGUAUGAAAUGCAAAGCUGAUCGUGUAGAUGGGGGCUACGUUCUGAAUGGCAACAAGAUGUGGUGCACAAAUGGUCCAGUUGCUCAGACAUUGGUUAUCUAUGCAAAAACAGACAUCAAGGCUGGCUCAAAAGGAAUCACAGCAUUUAUCAUUGAGAAGGGUAUGCCUGGAUUUAGUACUGCCCAGAAACUAGACAAACUUGGGAUGCGAGGAAGUGAUACAUGUGAGCUUGUCUUUGAGAAUUGCUUUGUUCCAGAAGAAAAUGUGCUUGGGCAGGAAGGAAAAGGAGUUUAUGUCAUGAUGUCAGGGCUAGAUUUGGAGAGACUUGUUUUGGCUGCUGGGCCUCUUGGUAUCAUGCAGGCAUGUCUUGAUGUUGUUCUUCCUUAUAUUCGACAAAGAGAACAGUUUGGCCGCCCAAUUGGGGAAUUUCAGUUCAUACAGGGGAAAGUUGCUGACAUGUAUACAUCUUUACAAUCUUCAAGGUCUUAUGUUUAUUCUGUUGCAAGGGACUGUGACAACGGGAAAGUUGACCCUAAGGAUUGUGCUGGAGUCAUACUCUGUGCAGCUGAAAGGGCAACCCAAGUUGCGUUGCAGGCUAUACAAUGUUUAGGUGGUAAUGGGUAUGUAAAUGAGUACUCAACUGGGCGCCUUCUUCGAGAUGCCAAACUGUAUGAAAUUGGGGCAGGCACCAGUGAAAUCAGAAGAAUGAUAAUCGGUCGUGAACUCUUUAAGCAGUGAGACAGAAGCAUAUCAUCCUGCACAAGUCAAGUAAAUGAUUUUUCCUCUCGUUCUGUAUGUGGAUUUCUCACACAGCAGGGAAGGACUUUACAUCACUAAUACAUGAUCUUUGGAAUAAAGCUUACCGGUUUAAUUGUUGCAGAAAA